CACCCCCAAGCACUCGCCGCGCGACUCGCCCUUUCGCCAGCCCGGGCCACAGCGCCUCCCAGAAGCUCCCCCAGCCCCAGCCACCGGGACCAGACUCUCGUCUCCCUCACCGCCCCCUCUCCAGUCCGUCCUCUCCGAGGUCUCCAUCGGGCACCGACCUCGCCCUGCCCCGCUGGACACCGCAGCAGCAGCCCCGGCAGCGCCGGGACAAAAUGGGAGACUGAGGCUAUCCCGCGGGGACCAGCUCUUGGCCAAGGCGGAUCGGUGCGUCGGGCCGGGCCAAGUGGAUCCGGGGAUGCAGGGCUAGACCGCCUCCAGCGCCUCAGAGAGGAGCGGGCCCGGCCCGGGGCCCGAGCGGCGGCGGCGGCAGCGGCAGCUGGCACAGCUCCGCGCCCGCCCUUCGCUUUCGCCUUUCCUCUUCUCCCUCCCCUGCUGCCCGGAGGAGUCUCCACCCUGCUUCUCUUUCUCUCCCCCCUCCUGCCCAUCUCGGGACCGGGAGCCCUCCAUGGCGAAGGCGGCCGGGGCCCGCUAGGCUGAAGCACUUCGCCGGAGCGACGAGGCUGGUGGCGACGGCGCUGUCGGCUGUCGUGAGGGGCUGCCGGGUGGGAUGCGACUUUGGGCGUCCGAGCGGCUGUGGGUCGCCGUCGCCCCCGGCCCGGGGUCUGGAGAGCGGAGAUCCCCUCAGUGAGGGGGAGGAGGGGGAACCGGGCGCACCUGGUGACCCUGGGGUUCCGGCUCCUCCGCCCCGCGGCCGCGAACCCACCGCCGGAGGAAGUUGGUUGAAAUUGCUUUCCGCUGCUGGUGCUGGUACGAGGGUAUUGUCACAGUAGCAGCAACAUGUCGACUGGGGACAGUUUUGAGACUCGGUUUGAAAAAAUCGACAACCUGCUGCGGGAUCCCAAAUCGGAAGUGAAUUCAGAUUGUUUGCUGGAUGGAUUGGAUGCUUUGGUAUAUGAUUUGGAUUUUCCUGCCUUAAGAAAAAACAAAAAUAUUGACAACUUUUUAAGCAGAUAUAAAGACACAAUAAAUAAAAUUAGAGAUUUACGAAUGAAAGCUGAAGAUUAUGAAGUAGUGAAGGUGAUUGGUAGAGGUGCAUUUGGAGAAGUUCAAUUGGUAAGGCAUAAAUCCACCAGGAAGGUAUAUGCUAUGAAGCUUCUCAGCAAAUUUGAAAUGAUUAAGAGAUCCGAUUCUGCUUUUUUCUGGGAAGAAAGGGACAUCAUGGCUUUUGCUAACAGUCCUUGGGUUGUUCAGCUAUUUUAUGCAUUCCAAGAUGAUCGUUAUCUCUACAUGGUAAUGGAAUACAUGCCUGGUGGAGAUCUUGUAAACUUAAUGAGCAACUAUGAUGUGCCUGAAAAAUGGGCCCGAUUUUAUACUGCAGAAGUGGUUCUUGCAUUGGAUGCAAUCCAUUCCAUGGGUUUUAUUCAUAGAGAUGUGAAGCCUGAUAACAUGCUGCUGGAUAAAUCUGGACAUUUGAAGUUAGCAGAUUUUGGUACUUGUAUGAAGAUGAAUAAGGAAGGUAUGGUACGAUGUGAUACAGCAGUUGGGACACCUGAUUAUAUUUCCCCUGAAGUACUAAAAUCUCAAGGUGGUGAUGGUUAUUAUGGACGAGAAUGUGACUGGUGGUCAGUUGGGGUAUUUUUAUAUGAAAUGCUUGUAGGUGAUACACCAUUUUAUGCAGAUUCUCUGGUUGGAACUUAUAGUAAGAUUAUGAACCAUAAAAAUUCACUUACCUUCCCUGAUGAUAAUGACAUAUCAAAAGAAGCAAAAAAUCUUAUUUGUGCCUUCCUUACUGACAGAGAGGUGAGAUUAGGGCGGAAUGGUGUAGAAGAAAUCAAACGACAUCUCUUCUUCAAAAAUGAUCAGUGGGCUUGGGAAACACUCCGAGACACUGUAGCGCCAGUUGUACCUGAUUUAAGUAGUGACAUUGACACAAGUAACUUUGAUGACUUGGAAGAAGAUAAAGGAGAUGAAGAAACAUUCCCUAUACCUAAAGCUUUUGUUGGCAAUCAACUACCCUUUGUAGGAUUUACAUAUUAUAGCAAUCGUAGAUACUUAUCUUCAGCAAAUCCUAAUGAAAACAGAACUAGCUCUAAUGUGGAUAAAAGCUUGCAGGAAAAUUUGCAAAAAACAAUUUAUAAGCUGGAAGAACAGUUGCAUAAUGAAAUGCAAUUAAAAGAUGAAAUGGAGCAGAAGUGCAGAACUUCAAACAUAAAACUCGACAAGAUAAUGAAAGAAUUGGAUGAAGAGGGGAAUCAAAGAAGAAACCUAGAGUCUACAGUGUCUCAGAUUGAGAAGGAGAAAAUGUUGCUACAGCAUAGAAUUAAUGAGUACCAAAGAAAAGCAGAACAGGAAAAUGAGAAGAGGAGGAAUGUAGAAAAUGAAGUUUCUACAUUAAAGGAUCAGUUGGAAGACUUAAAGAAAGUCAGUCAGAAUUCACAUCUUGCUAAUGAGAAGCUGGCACAAUUACAAAAGCAGCUAGAAGAAGCCAAUGACUUACUUAGGACAGAAUCAGACACAGCUGUAAGAUUAAGGAAGAGUCACACCGAGAUGAGCAAAUCAAUUACUCAGCUAGAGUCCCUGAAUAGAGAAUUGCAGGAGAGAAAUAGAAUUUUGGAGAAUUCCAAGUCACAAAUGGACAAGGAUUAUUACCAGCUGCAAGCUGUAUUAGAAGCUGAACGAAGAGACAGAGGUCAUGAUUCUGAGAUGAUUGGAGACCUACAAGCUCGAAUUACAUCUUUACAAGAGGAGGUGAAGCAUCUCAAACAUAAUCUUGAAAGAGUGGAAGGAGAAAGAAAAGAGGCUCAAGACAUGCUUAAUCAUUCAGAAAAGGAAAAGAAUAACUUAGAAAUAGAUUUAAACUACAAGCUUAAAUCAUUACAGCAAAGGUUAGAACAAGAGGUAAAUGAACAUAAAGUAACCAAAGCUCGUUUAACUGACAAACAUCAAUCUAUUGAAGAGGCCAAGUCUGUUGCAAUGUGUGAGAUGGAAAAAAAGCUGAAGGAAGAGAGAGAAGCUCGAGAGAAGGCUGAAAAUAGGGUUGUUCAGAUUGAGAAGCAGUGUUCCAUGCUAGAUGUUGAUCUAAAACAAUCUCAGCAGAAGCUAGAGCAUUUGACUGAAAAUAAAGAAAGGAUGGAGGAUGAAGUUAAGAAUCUAUCCCUGCAACUGGAGCAGGAGUCAAAUAAGCGACUCUUGUUACAAAAUGAAUUGAAGACCCAAGCAUUUGAGGCAGACAAUUUAAAAGGUUUAGAAAAGCAGAUGAAACAGGAAAUAAAUACUUUAUUGGAAGCAAAGAGAUUAUUAGAGUUUGAAUUAGCUCAGCUUACAAAACAAUACAGAGGAAAUGAAGGACAGAUGCGGGAGCUACAAGAUCAGCUUGAAGCUGAGCAGUAUUUCUCGACACUUUAUAAAACCCAGGUAAAGGAACUUAAGGAAGAAAUUGAAGAAAAAAACAGAGAAAAUUCAAAGAAAAUACAGGAACUACAAAGUGAAAAAGAAACUCUUGCUACUCAGUUGGAUCUAGCAGAAACAAAAGCCGAGUCUGAGCAGUUGGCUCGAGGGCUUCUGGAAGAGCAGUAUUUUGAAUUGACCCAAGAAAGCAAGAAAGCUGCUUCAAGAAAUAGACAAGAGAUUACAGAUAAAGAGCACACUGUUAGUCGGCUCGAAGAAACGAACAGUAUGCUAACCAAAGAUAUUGAAUUAUUAAGAAAAGAAAAUGAAGAGCUAACUGAUAAAAUGAGGAAGGCAGAGGAAGAAUAUAAACUGAAGAAGGAGGAGGAGAUCAAUAAUCUUAAGGCUGUCUUUGAAAAGAAUAUCAAUACAGAACGAACCCUUAAAACACAGGCUGUUAACAAGUUGGCAGAAAUUAUGAAUCGGAAAGACUUUAAAAUUGAUAGAAAGAAAGCUAAUACACAGGAUUUGAGAAAGAAAGAAAAGGAAAAUCGAAAGCUACAACUUGAACUCAACCAAGAAAGAGAGAAGUUCAACCAGAUGGUAGUGAAACAUCAGAAGGAACUGAAUGACAUGCAAGCGCAAUUGGUAGAAGAAUGUACACAUAGGAAUGAACUUCAGAUGCAGUUGGCUAGCAAAGAGAGUGACAUUGAGCAAUUGCGUGCGAAACUUUUGGACCUAUCAGAUUCUACAAGUGUUGCUAGUUUUCCUAGUGCUGAUGAAACUGAUGGAAACCUUCCAGAAUCAAGAAUUGAAGGUUGGCUUUCAAUACCAAAUAGAGGAAAUAUCAAAAGAUACGGCUGGAAGAAACAGUAUGUUGUGGUAAGCAGCAAAAAAAUUUUGUUCUAUAACGAUGAACAAGAUAAGGAACAAUCCAAUCCAUCUAUGGUAUUGGACAUUGAUAAAUUGUUUCAUGUUCGUCCUGUAACCCAAGGAGAUGUAUACAGAGCUGAAACUGAAGAAAUUCCUAAAAUAUUCCAGAUAUUAUACGCAAAUGAAGGUGAAUGUAGAAAAGACGUAGAGAUGGAACCAGUACAACAAGCUGAGAAAACUAAUUUUCAAAACCACAAAGGUCAUGAGUUCAUUCCUACCCUCUACCACUUUCCCGCCAACUGUGAGGCCUGUGCCAAACCUCUCUGGCAUGUUUUUAAGCCACCCCCUGCCCUGGAAUGUCGAAGGUGCCACGUUAAGUGCCACAGAGAUCACUUAGAUAAGAAAGAGGACUUAAUUUCUCCAUGUAAAGUAAGUUAUGAUGUAACAUCAGCAAGAGAUAUGCUGCUACUAGCAUGUUCUCAGGAUGAACAAAAAAAAUGGGUAACUCAUUUAGUAAAGAAGAUUCCUAAGAAUCCACCAUCUGGUUUUGUUCGUGCGUCGCCUCGAACACUUUCUACAAGAUCCACUGCAAAUCAGUCUUUCCGGAAAGUGGUCAAAAAUACAUCUGGAAAAACUAGGUAA